AUGCUCGUCGACUUGAAAAACAAGGGCGUUAAUGGCAGCAAAGUUGAAAAGGUCUGUGAGUUGGCGUCGAUUACUCUGAAUAAGAAUACUGUGCCGGGGGAUAAGAGUGCGAUGAACCCGAGCGGGCUGAGAAUUGGAAGCCCUGCUAUGACAUCUCGUGGUGA